AUGCUGUCGCUCUUGUAUCGAGCUCUGGAUGACACGAAGACGCGGUGCGCCAGCAUCCACCCGUCGAUGCCAUGGGUGGCAGCCGGCGACGACCGUGGAUACGUGGGAGCAGUGCUGAGGGUCUCGAUCCACGACUACUCUCAGAACAUGCAGAUGUACAAGGCAAGGAGCUUCGCCUCGCUCCUCACGCUGAUGUCCCUCCCGCAGGCCCAGGUCGAGCAGGGACUAGAGGGGAGGGCCAUAGGAGCCAAGUGCUCGCCUGUCCGCCACCUGAUCUUCUGCGAUGCACACGCCAACGAAUGGAAAGAGCGCGCGAUCCUCGACGAAAGCCUGCCGCUUGAGGAUGCGGCAACCUUCAAGGGAGACGCCUCGGGUCCUUCGGGCAUGAUGGACGGGGAGGCGAGGCUGCUCAUCGUGACAGACUCUGCCCUCCUCUUCCUCGACUACAUCACCCUCCAAGUGAAGGAGGUGCGGGGGAUCGAUCCUCGCUCCAUCCUUCAGCUGCACCUGGUCCCUGGCAGGCGAAUUCCCCGAGUCGCCUGCGCAUGCUCAGACGGGAUCGUUCGCAUCCUGAGCUGCUCAAUGCAGGCAGGAGCGGCAAAAGAGCUGCAGAGCGGACGCUCCCGUGCCCUUGCCCACCUCUCCUCGUGCGCCUCGUGCAAGCCCAAGGAGGGCCGUGAGCAUGUCAUGAAGGUCGGGCUGGUGGCAGCAAGCUCAGACGGAUACAUCCACUUGUGGGACCUCAACAACUCGCAGAAUGUAUCCACUGUGCAAGCUGCCGGACACAUCCAGUCCCUCGCGCCCUCCUCCCCUGCAUGCCAGAGCUUCGUUGUGAUGUACGUGGACAAGACCAUGGGGAUGUGGGAGGUCAGCCCUCAGCUGCGGGAGGUCCAAAGGUUGAAGCUCCAUGAGGCGAAGACAAGACAGGGAAACGCAUCCCUCGAUCACGUCGUUGGUCUGCGACAACGGCAUCCCCACGGGCUAGUUUGGCUCCUGCUGGGCUCGAAGCACGCAAAUAUCGAGCUUCUCUCCUCUCACUGCAGCGCAAGCGGCUUCAUGGUGGAGGCGACUCGGGACUACACAAGUUUGCUGCACCUACCGGAUGUGAUGGGGCGAGGAGACAAGAAGAUGCCGAGCAAGUUCAAGAUGUACGCUGCUGUUUCCUCCGAGCUGCAAGGAGACGUGCUCGGGCUGGCGACGAGCCACGGGUUGCUGGUCUUUCGCCUUGAGAUGGGAGGAGGGAAUCACGUGCAGGAGGUGCAGCCGGAGAGCGUGGAGGCGAGCAAGAGCUUCGUGAUGCUGGAGAGGAAUGCUAACGACAAGCAUGUGGAGUUCUCCCUCCUCCAUGGCUCUGUCUCUGUACCGAAUCAUCCUCUCCCUCCCUGCACGGGGCAUCUGCCGAUGCUGAGGGUGGAGUGGAGACAUGCCCUUCCUGGGGAAGCCUUCGCUGCUGACGAUCAGGACGUCAGCUCGAGGCUCCCUGUGCUCAAGACAGCUGGGGAAGGCAGAGGAAGUAUCCUCUCCAUCCUCUCUCAUAAGCCCCCGAGCCCCCAGGACCCCAGCACGAGACGCGUGCAGUUCGUGCGUAGGAAGGAGGGGAAGUUUCACGUCGUUGAGGCGAUGAGCUGCCAGGAUGCGGCGUGGGACUCGGAAGGAGAGAAAUGUGCUGUCCUCCUCCCUCAUAGUCCCUCCAACAUCCCCAGAGGUGACGGGGAGCACAACUUUUCCACCGCAGCGGUCGUGCUCGACUGGUCCGGUGAUCAUGCACGGGCGAGGAGAGCGGAGAUAAUUUUACAGGCAAACGUAGAGAAGCUGCUUGAUGGUGCUCUGCUCUGCGGGAUUUUUGCAAAGAAGGAAGGACAGGGUUCGGGCUGCAUGUUCUACCAGUGGGAUGGAUCUCCUGCCUCCGCCGUGCUCCCAGCACCUGACAUGGUCAAGUGGUCGAGGACCCGAACCAUGUGUGCGGCAGCGUACAAGAGUUUCAUCUCGAUCUUCCAAAGGCGACAGGAGGAUGUGUACAUGCAGAGCAUCCUCUUCUUCGCUUCCCGUCACAGUCUUCACAUGUGGUCGGCUGUUUUCCCAAACGACCAGCCCGUGGAGAUAGGUCGGGCAUUUUGA